AAGAGCAUCACAAGCCAUCAGGAGACUUUGGCAAAAGCCUCUAUCGGAAGACAGAUCUGUUAGGCUGGGAUUAUCUGCCUGAGCGGGAACGUAAAAAGUGUCUUCGGCAAAAAGCUGGAGAAGGUACUAAAGAUGGGCCGUCGAGCCCGCCAAGACAUCUUUGAUGAUGAAAAUCUCAGCAGGAAGAAUUCCCCAUCUGCUUCUCUUGGAGAGGAUGAAGACUUUCAGGAAAAGGUUGACCAUGUUCCACCACCUAAACCCCCACGCCGGCAAGGAGGCUGGGCAGAUGAUCCUGUACUGGCACCUACCAAGUUAGGAAGAAAGCAUGCAGAAGAAGUAGAAGACCAUCGUCUCAGACAGCAGAGCCUGGAGGCAUCAGAUGAUGUCGGAGACAUUCCUGUGAUCCCUGACUUGGAGGAUGUCCAGGAGGAAGAUCUGGCCAUGCAAGUGGCAGCUCCCCCCAGUGUGCAGGUGAACCGAGUGCUGACCUACCAUGACCUGGACAAAGAUCUAAUGAAAUAUGCUGCCUUCCAGACUCUGGAUGGGGAGGUAGACCUGAAGCUCCUCACCAAAGUUUUGUCUCCAGAGCAUGAACUACGAGAGGAUGAUGUCAGCUGGGAUUGGGACCAUCUCUUCACAGAGGUGUCAUCAGAACUAAUGACUGAGUGGGACCUGGGACAGUCAGAGAGGGAGGACCACCUCAGUCUCCCAUAGAGCUCUGACACAUCAGAUGCCUCAUACGUAAAUCUCCUGUAAAUAGUUAAUCACUUUAAUUUUCUAUUCACUUGUUUGUAUUUGAGAAUUUAUUUCAGACAUGAAAAUAAAUAGGACCUUGCUUCAUAGAAAAAUUGUCUUGGGAGAAGUUUUGGUUAUUUUUUAAUAAGAAUUUUUGUUCUUUAAAGAAAUUAAGAAUUCUCUAACACAAUAAAAUAUUUACUUAUAAAGAGUCAUUCCAUGUCAGCAGCACCUCUACAGAUAACUGCAAUGGUCGAUCUUUUCUCUAUGGAAGCACAGCCUCUCUGGAGUGGACCAUCGUACAAUGGAGUGUGGUUUGCACUGAUGGCUAUCAGAGAAGCUUAGGCUGAUAUGACUUGUUUUCAUAGGACAUCCAGCUUACCAUCUUCCUCACAACAGGCACCUCAGGUUGUCAGGAUAUCUGAUUGACAUUUCAUCCAGCAGCCUCCAGCUUUUCCUAGUUAGUUUAACCUCUCUCUUGAAACAUUACUCCUGUAUUGACUGAGGAAGCAGCAUCACCUAUUAAACUGACACUUCUUACAGCCCCUCUUUAUACCUUGAGGUUUCCCAGCUAAAUUCUGACCAGGCAUGACCUCACUUAGCUUUUGCAGUCACAUGAAACCACAGCCUGAAUGGGGAUCGCUUCAGGCAUAGGUACUUUGCAAGGAAAAUGUUUAUUCCAUGUGUGUGGAAGAAUGGAGCCUGAUGCUCUCAAACAAUACAGGUGACUUACAACAGUUAACUCCCUGGUGGGUGUCUCCUUGGAACCAAGUAACUCAUUUUUGCUGUCAUCUAAACAAAAACUCAUUUAGCUGUUAAUACCUUAUCCCUGUAGACCCAUAGUCAUUAUUUGAAGAAAACAGUAACAUUACUUCUAAACCAAUGUCCUUUAAAGCCAAAGUUGGAGAAUCUUACUAUAUACUUCUGGGGAGUGCAGGUGCUGGCAGGAAGCUUGCUGUGCUGCUUUUCUUUGCUUGUUUGGUUGGUCUAACAGAGCACUGCAUUCCCACUUCUGUGACAGCAGAACAGGUCAAAUAGCUCACUAUGAAUUCGGUACUCUGCAGAAUUUCAGGGGAGAGAUGACAUGCCAAACAACUUUACCAACAAAAUGAAGGAGUUGGGCCCCAGUCUGGAGCCACAAAAAUAAUGGGAGGCUAAUCUGUCUUAAGGAAACACUAAGUUUCUUACAACCAAGAUAUCUCUCCUAUAACUAGAAAACUAAGUGAGGCAUAAGCUUGGGAGGCCAUUGUAUGGAAGACUUGAAAGUCUUUGUGCAGAGAAACCUGUUUUGGUAGGAGCAGAAAAACUUCUCAGCUCAGCUAGCAUCUACUUUUCUGUGACACUUAUGAUUCCUGGCCAAAGAGAAUUUAGAAUGCUUUGUACAUCCCAGGAAAAAAAUUAAAUUCAACAAACUAAAAUAGGUUUGGUAAAUCAGAUAAGCCAGUCUGAGAGGGGAAAAAAAUGGGUGCUUUUGGCUGCCUGCCUCACCUAGGGACCCUGGGCAAAGGAUGUGAAGCAGGUGUGUGUGGGCCAGGCCUGUGCCCAGUCUGGGACCUUCCUUACCCAGCAAACACCAGAGCUGGAGAGAAGGGCUUGAAAAAAAUGUCAGCCUCAUCUAUUUUAUGGCAGGAAGAGGUGUCUUUGAUCAUUUAGUCUGACCUGUUAUAAUAUGGGCCAUGGUAGAGUCUAGUGAGAUGGGGCUGAGAGUUUCCUGUCUUUUAGAAAGGCAGUCAAUAUAUCUAAAACUCUUUCCUGAUUACUUUUUAAAAGAUGAUUGCCCUUAUGGUUUAAAA